AUGCUGUUAUUAACAACAAGUAAAAAUAUGGAAAGCAAGAACAAUGUGACUGAAUUUGUCCUCCUAGGACUCACUCAGAAUCCUGAGAUUCAGAAAGUAUUAUUUGUUGUCUUCUUAGUAAUCUACAUUAUAACUCUUGGGGGCAACCUUUUGAUUGUGGUAACAGUGAUUUCCAGUCAGUCCCUGGACUCCCCCAUGUACUUCUUCCUUGCAUAUUUAUCUCUUAUGGAUGCUGUCUACACCACAGCGAUCCCCAAAAUGAUCAUAGACUUGCUCUAUGAGAAGAAGACCAUUUCGUUCCAAGCUUGCAUGACUCAGCUUUUCAUUGCACACUUUUUUGGUGGAUCAGAGGUCUUCCUCUUGGUGGUAAUGGCUUAUGAUCGCUAUGUGGCCAUCUGUAAGCCCCUGUAUUACUUGGUUAUCAUGAGACGCCGUGUAUGUGUUUUAUUGCUGGUAGUAGCCUGGAUUGGAGGUUUCAUUCAUUCAGUGGUUCAGCUCCUUUUAAUUCUACAGCUGCCGUUUUGUGGCCCUAAUGUCAUUGAUCAUUUCAUAUGUGACAUGUACCCAUUAUUAGAACUUGCCUGUACUAACACUUAUAUCAUUGGACUCUCAGUGGUUGCUAAUGGAGGAGCGAUCUGCGUUGUAAUCUUUACAAUGUUGCUCAUCUCUUAUGGAGUCAUCCUACGUUCCCUGAAGACCCAUAAUCUGGAAAGCCAACGCAAAGCUCUUUCUACCUGCAUGUCCCACAUUACAGUUGUUGUCCUAUUCUUUGUUCCUUGUAUUUUCAUGUAUGUCAGACCUGUUCGCACCUUCUCCAUUGAUAAAACAAUGACUAUAAUUUUUACUAUUUUCACUCCCUUAUUGAACCCCUUAAUCUACACCCUGAGAAAUAAGGAGAUUAAGAAUGCCAUGAAGAAACAAAACAGAACAAAUGACUCAAUUAUACAUUGA